GACUGUGAAAUGUAAUUUCCCUCCCCUUUUCAUCGUUUCAUUUGGGUCUGAAACCGAGACACCCAAAGAUUCUUUCUUCUUUUAACGUUUUUUUUUUUGUUUCCACCCAAGCUAAAGCGUAUUCCUCGUGACUCGUGAUCUUCUCCACUUCUUCCUUCUUUUUCUUUGUUUGGUGUUAUAAUCCUCUACAACGCACCUUCACGCCGGAGAGAGAGGGAGAGAUGACAUCGGAUGGGGCGACGUCGACGCCGGCUCCAAGGAGGAAACCGUCGUGGAGGGAGAGGGAGAAUAACAGGAGGAGAGAAAGGAGGAGAAGAGCCAUUGCUGCUAAGAUUUAUACUGGCCUUAGAGCUCAAGGGAACUACAAUUUGCCCAAGCACUGUGAUAACAAUGAGGUCCUCAAGGCUCUUUGUUCCGAGGCUGGUUGGGUCGUAGAAGAUGAUGGCACUACUUAUCGCAAGGGAUGUAAGCCACCUCCAAUAGAUAUAGGUGGAAGUUCAAGUAAGAUUACCCUAUUUUCAUCCCAAAAUCCAAGUCCAUUAUCAUCUGCAUUUCCAAGUCCAAUUCCUUCAUGUCAAGUCAGUCCUUCCUCCUCUUCCUACCCUAGUCCCACUAGGUUUGAUGCUAAUAACCCCUCUACUCUCCUUCCCUUCCUUCGAAACGCCAUUCCUUCAUCUCUGCCUCCACUCAGAAUCUCAAACAGUGCCCCUGUUACACCCCCACUUUCAUCUCCUACCUCAAGAAAUCCUAAGCCCCUUCCCAACUGGGAAACCAUCGCAAAGGAAUCCAUGGCCUCUUUUAACUACCCUUUUUAUGCUGUUUCUGCCCCAGCUAGUCCUACCCACCGUCAUUUUCAUGCCCCGGCUACUAUACCGGAAUGUGAUGAAUCCGAUACAUCUACGGUUGAAUCUGGACAAUGGAUAAGCUUUCAAAAGUUUGCACCUUCUACAUCUCAAGUGCCGACUUCUCCAACUUUUUUUAAACUUGUGAAACCUUUGCCUCCCCAAAAUUUGCAUAAUGAUUUGGGCGUAAAAGAUAAAGGAAGAGGUGCAGAGUUUGAGUUUGAGAGUGGACAGGUGAAACCAUGGGAAGGAGAGAGGAUUCAUGACAUAGGAAUGGAUGAUCUGGAGCUCACGCUGGGAAGCGGAAAGCCUCAGUGUUAAACCGAGCCUAAUGGUGUCGCCAAAGCAUGUUAAAACCAAAGACAAAAAAAAGCUCACAGUUCUGUUCUUUCAUCUGCUCUGUUCUGUUCUUCUUUUAUAUCUUUUUUGUUUUUUUUUUUUUUUGUUCUUUUUAUCAGUUAGUUGGAGCUGAAAGAAAUACCCGGGUUGAAUAGUCAUAACUUGUAGAUACAAAGGGAUAUUUCUGGGUUUAAUGUUUCCUUUAGGCUUUUGGGGAAAACCUCAUACAAUUAACGUUGUUUUUAGUGGUUUGUAUCGUUAAUGGAUGUAUCAUGUUGUUAAGCA